AUGGACGAUUUGUUGAGUGAACUGUUGAGUGAACUACAAUUUCGGGAAGAGCACUGGACACUUAAACCACCACGACCUGAGAACGGCAAUGCCAAGGGUGAUCUUCGAAGUGCGUCAGCCUUGAUAGCCAAGUCAGAAGAGAAAGAUGCGCUUAUUGCAUGGGACGACACGCUCAUGAGAGCUGUGAUAAAGUAAGUAGUGUAAAAGAUAGAAAAUUCGUAGCACGUAGGUAUGGACGAUGCUUUACAUGUUUAAGUAAAAGUCGACAUGUAUUCAAAGACUGCUGUCCAAAAACUAAUUGUAAAAUAUGUAGUAAGGGGGGCCACCAUGUAUCUCUUUGUGAAUCCAAAGGGGAGGGAAAUGUUUCGGCCAGUAAUGGAAGUCCAACAAUGCAUGUUCGAUCCAAGAGUCGAGUGAUGUUGCAAACUGCUCAAGGUAUACUGAAAGGUGCUCAAAAUGGAGCACGAAUUCGCGUGAUGUUUGAUAUGGGGAGUCAUAAGUCUUUCGUGACUUCCAAGGUUGUAAGGGCCGCGGGGUUGCCAGUAAAAAGGAAAGAAUGGUUAGAAAUUAGCACGUUUGGUAUGGCGAUGAAUGAUUAUAAGCUGCGAGAUGUUUUUGACCUUGAGAUUGCACCUUGCAAGGGGGGAGAAGCGGUUACUAUAGAAGCGUAUGCUGUUGAAACUAUUGCCCAAGUUCGAAAUGAGCAUAUUGAGUUGCGAACGGGGGAAUAUUCUCACUUACGGGGACUUUGGUUCUCGGACGUGUGUAAGAGCAGUGAAGUAUUUGAUAUAGAUAUCCUGGUUGGUUCGGAUUUUCUUUGGUGCUUUCAGAGCGGUACUAUAGUGCGUGGAAGAGUUCGUGAGCCGGUGGCGGUUGAGACGACUUUAGGUUGGGUUCUUUCAGGGCACGUCAAAGGGAAAGGUGACGAUGGCGCAAAAGCACAGGUAAAUUGUGUUAAUAUUAUUAAAGAAGAACGUGUUUCUAGUCCAUAUAUGUCUGACAAUGUUCAUAGGUUGUGGGAUCUUGACACUCUAGGUAUACGCGAAGAGGACGAAGUGCAUGAAGCCUUGAAAGAAGCAAUUAACUUCAACGGUAAUCGUUAUCAAGUACACUUGCCGUGGAAAGAAGGGCAUGAACCCUUACCUUUGAAUUACAACAAUAGUUUAAAACGACUUAAGAACCAGAUUUCAAAACUGAAGCGAGAUCCGGAUAUUCUGGAGGAAUAUAACCAAGUUAUUAGUAGUCAGCUAGAAGCAGGAAUAAUUGAACCAGUU